GUAAUGGGGACGGACGGUAUGUACACAAGAGUAGAAGGCACAUCCGACAGUAGAGAGGCUCUGUCAUCGCCUCUCGUCUCGCAGAAGCAACGUCUAUCAAGACGCUCGCUAUUUGUUCUUCAAGUACUUCUCUUCAUCGGUGCUGUCACGUUCUUCGUCAUGUUAUACAGGUCUUUCGCCUUUGGUGCUGUUAUUGGGUGCGUCAGUGGGGCUGCCGUCUCUUCCAACAAAAUCUCGAAAAAUGUUCCUCAGUAUUUCCAAACCAAGCCUGAGCUUUUCGCUGACGCUGAUAUUUUGAAGNGUCCAACCCCAACUGGCGCCGCUCCGUUUUUAGCACAGAUCAAUCCUGCUCCCUUUGCGAGCACAUCUUAUGUCCCGAAUAGUCCCCUGGAGACCCAAGUCCCGAUAGCUGGCAACAAGAAUGGCUCGAACAUAUUUCAGAACAUGGGUCAACUCACUCCUUACUUUCCCAAUCCUGUCGGUUUUGGCGUGGAUGAGUACUCAUUGCCUCCUGGCGCAGAGAUCGUUCAACUGAACAUGCUCUCGCGCCACGGUUCAAGGUAUCCAACCACUGGUUCUGGAGCCCAUAAAUUCGGUCUGAAGCACAAGAACAUGACAGAUGCAAAGUACACGGGCGAGCUCUCGUUCCUCAAUGACUGGAGUUAUCAAUUGGGUGCAGAGAUUCUGGUACCCAUUGGUAAGCAAGAGCUCUUUAACUCUGGCACUCUGCACUACUAUCAGUAUGGCCACCUCUACCCCAACAAUGGUUCGAAAAUCAUCGCCAGAAGUACGACCCAGGAUCGUAUGACCAAGUCUGCAGAAUAUUUUCUAGCGGGUUUCUUUGGUCUUGAAUGGACCAGUAAUGUCACUUUGAUGCUUGCCAUUGAAGACCGCACUGGAGUAUGGAACAAUACGCUGGCGGNNGUGUUCAACAGGUACUACAACUGCGACAACAGCAACAACUUUCGCAGUGCAGGCGGUAACAACGCCACAGUCGAGUGGUACACCAAAUAUCUUGCUGAUGCUACUACGCGUCUGCAAAAACUGGCGCCAGGCUUUGACUGGACAGUAGAAGAUUCUUACAAUGCACAAUCACUGUGUGCAUACGAGACAGUAGCCUUUGGAUUCUCGCAGUUCUGUGGUCUAUUCACCUACGAAGAGUGGGAAGGAUUUGAGUACAGUAUCGAUAUCCAGUUCGCGGGUGGCAAUGGGUUCCAAUCUCCUACAGGUCGUGCCAUCGGUAUCGGCUAUGUGCAGGAGAUCCUUGCUCGUCUCCAACACCACACGAUUGACUCACCUAUCGCACAAGUCAACGUCACUCUGGACAACAACACAGUUACAUUCCCUCUCGAUCAAAGCCUCAACUUUGACUUCUCGCACGAUACCAACAUCAUGAGCAUCUUGACUGCAUUUGGCUUUACCCAAUUUGCCCAAUUCCUACCAGCCGAUCGUAUCGUUCCUCGCGAACUGAUAGUCUCACACCUGAUCAUCAAUGCGCCCUCUCCAGUCAAAACCUCGCGCAAGAGUGAGGAUCUCUAUGAAGAGGCAACCAAGUACAUACACUUCAUCCUCAAUCAGCGCACCAUCCCUCUACAUCGCAGCUUCCCCGAGUGUGCAGAGCGUGAUGAUGGCUGGUGCGAGCUCGAUACCUUCCUCGCUGUGCAGAGCAAGAGUUAUGAGAUUUCCCAGUACGACUGGAGCUGUAACGGAGAUUAUCCUGCCGUCCCUUACGGCGAGAUCACCAAUGGCGUGCCGGUUCACAGCCAGUCAUAA